AUGAAGAACAGCAGAGAGAUCCUCAUGCAACGCGUCAGACGCGAAUGUGACGACCUCAGUGCACCCACCGGCAACAUCUUCGUCCGGUCCUUCAAAUCACAAUCCGCCAGCACCGCCGACCCCCUAACAGCCCCUUCCUCUCCCUCCUCGGCUAAUCCCCCUCCCCAACUCCCAUGUCUCCUCCAAAUCCCCCGCGAGAUCCGCGACACCAUCUAUGCCCUCGUCCUUGCCGAGCCUGGGUCAAACGACCUAUGGCGACAAGCACGAACUCCCUCCGCCGCCGAUGACCGAACAAGCACCUUGAUCUGGCUCUCACGCGGCCCCCCUUCCGCCGUCAAAGUAGCCAAAAAACCCACCGACGACCGCAAUGUGCAGUCGCGCUCAUCCCGCGGCUUCCUCGCCCGCAACAUCCCAACGGCGCUCUUCGGCACAUGCAAGCAGACCCGCGCUGAAGCAACGGCCACCCUCCUCCGCAUGCGGCGCAUCGUCGAGAUAUGCGCCCCCACAUCCCCCAAUUACCCCUUUGCUUCCACUUUCACUCCUCCCAGCCGCCCAUCACUCCAACAGUCGCCACCGCGGCAGAGUGACCACGGCGGCUUCAGUCAUGUGGGUGCACUGUCGAGCGUGAUAUUCGGCUGGACGGCCGGAUGUGCGGUUGUGCAGUGCCUGCGCAAUGUGCGCAUUGUGGUGCGGGUGGGUGGUGGUGAUUGUGAUGAUGUGGAUGGGUUGCGUGGGACAGGUGGAUUCCUGGGGUUGGUACAGGCGGCCGGGCAUUAUGCGGAGGACUACGCGCCCGGAGUGCACGUGGAGGUUGUGCUGCAGAUUGGGGUCGGGGUGGAGGAUGAUUUCGAUUUUGAUAUUGGGUUUGCGGAUGGUGAGGAGGGGGAUGGCGUUAGGCAUGGAGCUGAGGAGCAUAAGGGGAAUGAUGCGCAGGAGAAGUGCAUUGCACUGCUAGAGGGCCUGGUAGAGGCUGCGCGGAAGGGGCUGUGGACGCGGGAAUUGAAGCCCGUGUUGUGUGUUUAUGGAUCUGGUGCGCGGAUAAUGGAGUGGGCGGCGCGGUAUCCGGGGUGGGAAAUCGAGGCGGUGGUGGAGAGGAUUAGGUGGCAUGUUGAAAAGGUAGCGAAAGAGGGAUGA